AUGCCUGAACUAGAUCCCGACUGGGUGCUAAUCAAAACUAUGGCUGUCGCACUGAACCCUACUGACUGGAAACAUAUUGAUUUCAUAGCAACGAAGGGUGCUACAGUGGGAUGUGACUACGCCGGUAUUGUCGAAGGAAUAGGGUCUGAGGUGGACCCGGAGCGUGGACUGCAGGUGGGAGAUCGCGUAGCUGGGUUCAAUCACGGCUGUAAUGGGGAAAAUCUCUCAGACGGAUCUUUUGCCGAGUACAUCGCCGUCAAGGCACAUAUUAAUAUCAAACUGCCCGACUGGAUGACUUUUUCGGACGGAGCAACUCUGGCCAUGGGCAUCACAACCGUCGCGCAAGGGAUGUACCAACAGCUAAAAUUGCCUUUGCCAUCAGUCUCGAUGGACCCUCUUCCAAAUCAAAAACCAAUUCUUAUUUAUGGCGGCAGUACCGCGACGGGCGAAUCAAUAAUUAAAUGCUGCGCUGCCCUCUCCCCUCCGCGCACAGACUGUAAGAUCAAGUAUUGCGGCUUGUUCACUGUCGGAGCUCUUCCCCGGUCCGACAUCGAGGCAGGAUUCACAAUGGCCUACACAGCCCUCGGCGAAUCCCAGCAGAAGUGGGACAAUUACUAUCCUGGUAGCUCUGAGGACGCACGAUUUAUUGGAGAUUUUAUGAAACUCACGUCAGAGUUAGUUAAGGAGAAGAAGAUUCAAACCCAUCCGGCAGAAGUGGGAUCUGACGGAUUGGAGGGUGUUCUGAAGGGUCUUAACCGACUACGAAAGGGAGAUCUCAGCGGGGUGAAACUGGUUUAUACUUUGUAA